AUGCACUUUGAACAUCAGUUUGCAACCAUCAUUGAUUCACAUUUACAGUCAAUACAACAACAGGUCAACCUUACAAACAUAGACAUUGUUAAACUUCAAUUGUCAGCUUUGCAAAAGUUACCUCAUAUUACCCCUUAUACAUCAAUAACUGAUUUGCCAGAAGACCAAUACAAAGCUAUUACUGCAUUAACAAACAUGAUGGGCUCUCGUAAUAAUCAGUGGCCAUAUUAUUUUUUAACUGGCUCAGCUGGUACCGGCAAGUCUUUUAUUAUACAUAUGUUCCGCGAUCACCUUCGUCGUAGGAAAAUUAAACAUCUUGUAUUGGCUCCGACUGGC